AUGACAACAUCAAAAGUUUUAAAUAGAAUUGAUGAAAUGGCACUUCAACUGCAUCUAGUUUCCUUCUUUUCUUUCAAUGAAGAUAAAGCUUUUGAAAGGAAAUAUAAACAAACAAGCAAACAAAAGUCUAAUCAAAGUUUCUCAAUAUGUCCAACAUCUUACGAAUGGUUACAGGCGGUUGAAGCAUCUAACAGAGUUUUUAUUUAUGCUUAG